AUGUGCGCCGACCCGUCACUGGGAUGGCGCUGGGUAUUCAGACUUUUUGCUGCUUCUUAUGGUUCCUUUGGUUUUCUUCUUCUUGCGGUGUACAGCAAUCCUCCGUUAGAGCAGCAUGGAAGUGGACCAGAUGAAAAGUCAAUAUUCAUUCAGAAACCUCCAUGGUCUUUGCGUUCUAAAGUUUUUGUCCAUGGGAUAUGGGCAGUGGCAAUGUGCUGUAAUGGAUUUGCUUUCUUCUUACCAAUGGUUAUAUUACCAAAACAUCUGACAGACCUUGGUUAUAGAGAAGACGAUGCAGUGCACGUGAUAGCAGUGCUCGGAAUCAUGGGUAUGACUGGUCAGACGUUUGCCUCACUGGUUGGAGACUAUGUGAAGGGAAAUAUUAUGGUGGCGAACCUGGGGGCAGCUUUGGUGCUCACUCCAAAACGUUUGAUAGACCUUGGUUAUAAAGAAGACGACGCAGUGCACGUGAUAGCAGUGUUUGGAAUCAUGGGCAUGACUGGACAGGCAUUUUCAUCUGUGGUUGGAGACAAAGUUAAGGGAAAUAUUAUGGUGGUAAUCCUGACGGUGGCUUCGGUGCUCACUGUGAAUAAUAUUAUUGCAGCGUAUUCGACAUCCUUGACUGCUGUAUAUGUAUAUUGCGCUGCCUCGGGAUUUUUUCUUGGCCUAUACAAUGGGGUGUACUAUGCUGUCAACAAUGAAAUCAUGGACGGAGAAAAUGUGUACACGUUAUUCAUGACAAUGCGUUUCAGCAAAGGUGUCGGAGGAACUGCAGGGCCAUACAUAGCGGGUAUGACUGUAAUGGGGAUUGAAGGUUCGUGGGGGACAACAAUAUUGUGUUUUCAACAGGACGAAGAGUUUCCAGAAUCAUCUUUAGCACUGCUAGGUGUGUCGAUUUUUAAUGCUGUUGAUGCUAAAAUGUGCGCCGCCACGUCACUUGGAUGGCGCUGGGUAUUCAGACUUUUUGCUGCUUCUUAUGGAUCCUUUGGUUUUCUUCUUCUUGGUUUGUACUGCAAUGAUCCGUUAGAACAGCAUGAAGAUGGACCAGAUGAAAAGUUAAUAUUCAUUCAGAAACCGUCAUGGUCUUUGCGUUCUAAAGUUUUUAUCCAUGGGAUAUGGGCAGUGGCAAUGUGCUGUGAAGGAUUUGCUUUCUUCUUACCAAUGGUUAUAAUACCAAGACAUCUGACAGACGUUGGUUAUAAAGAAGACGAUGCAGUGCACGUGAUAGCAGUACUCGGAAUCAUGGGUAUGACUGGACAGACGUUUGGAUCUCUGGUUGGUGACUAUGUAAAAGGAAAUAUUAUGGUGGCGAAUCUGGCGGAGGCUUCGGUGCUCACUGUGAAUAAUAUUAUUGCUGCGUAUUCGACAUCUUUGACAGCUGUUUAUGUAUAUUGCGCUGCCUCGGGAUUUUUUCUUGGCCUAUACAAUGCUGGGCACUAUGCCGCCAACAAUGAAAUCAUGGACGGAGAAAAUGUGAACACAUUAUUCAUGACAAUGCGUUUCACCGGAGGUGUCGGAGGAACUGCAGGGCCAUACAUAGCAGGAUAUAUCCGUGACGUCACAGGCAGCUACUACGCAGUGUUCCUAUCCAUUGUGUCAUGUUAUGGCGUGUUCGUUUUGGCUACGCUUUUGCUAAUAUGCUACAAGAAGUGGAAAGUUUUGAAAAGCCUUGAAGGGAAGAAGAACAUCAAUUCUUUUGACUGAAUUUUUGGAAAUAAACUGUGACAUAUCGUCCAGCAUAAAUUACACGUCUUUUUCAAGGAAAAAAAAAAAA